UCAUUUCGAACUUGGAUGUGUGGUGGAUCACUAGAGAUCAUCCCUUGUUCUAGAGUUGGCCAUGUAUUUAGGAAAAGACAUCCGUAUGUAUUUCCAGGAGGCAAUGCAAUGACUUAUAUGAAAAAUACAAAACGUGCUGCUGAAGUGUGGAUGGACAAUUACAAAGAUUAUUAUUAUUCUGCAAGACCAUCAGCAAAGGGAAGAGACAUGGGCAGCAUCAAGAGUCGUGUGGCAUUAAGGAAACGAUUGAAUUGCACCACUUUUGAUUGGUACAUGAAGAAUGUUUAUCCAGAGCUAAGUGUUCCGUCUUCUACUAAUAACAAACAUGGAAAGUUAAAGCAAAAUAAUCUUUGUUUGGAUACACUUGGACAUCAAGCUGGUGAACCUGUUGGACUACAAGAUUGUCAACAAAGUAGACAAGGAUAUCAGGACUGGAGUAUUGCUAUGAAAGGACUUAUUCGUCAUUUAAACUUAUGCUUAGAAGCAAGAGGACAGAUUGUUCACCUCCAGUAUUGCUCUAAGGAUCACAUUCAAAACUGGGAGCACACUAAGAACAAUCAUAUUGUACACCUUAGCACUAAACUGUGUCUCAGCAGUAGACACUCAUUAAAUGAACUGACUUUAGAAAUUUGUGAUGAUAAAAGCAAUAAUCAGCAAUGGUUCAUAGUAUCAUGACUUUUAAUAUAUCUCUUUUUGUUAUUUAAUUGAAAGCUGUUCUUUUGAAACUUAUUCCAAA